AGUGACGUUUCUAGCUUUGAUCUUUAAAAAAAAAUUAUUUAGAAAUUUUUUCAUAAAAAAAAGAUAUUUAAGGCGUAAGCUUCUUUUAAAUUUAUAGUGUGAUUUUGCUAAAGAAAAAAUCAACAUUGAAGAAUUGAUAAUUUGGAUAUGUCGCCGAAUCCAUAUCUUACGUUUUUUAUUCAAUGUUUUUCGAAAAAAUAUGAAUAAAAUUCUUUUACUUUUAAUAAUCAUAAGUGGGUUUUUAGUAAUUUUCUAUGCAAAUUCAGAAAUAUUUUCCAGGAAAACACUUAUAAAUGUUUUCCAUAAAGAAUUUGCUAUUGGUGCAAUCGUAGCAAAUAAAACAAUCAGUAAUUUAAUUGAUAAUGAAAAUGUCAUUCAAAACCAUGAAGAAAAACACAAUGAGGGGGUAUUUAAGCGUUAUCAAAAAAGCAAUGGGAAUGAAAUCGGUGCAAUCAAUGGUAGCUAUCGUGUUCGUCGCAAUCAUACUAUUGGUCAUGCUAGAAAAGUGCCAUAUAACUCACGAAAUAACGAUUAUAAUAUUUUUGUCAUUUACACUAAAGAAAAUUAUCAAUUGCAGAAAAAAUUUGAAUUAUUUUCUAAAAGUCUGCUCAAAUACACAACUGUAAAAGUUCACCUGCAUAUAAUUACCGAUAGCAAAAGCGAAACAACAGCAGAGGAGCUUUUAAAAGAACAAAUCAGACGAUAUCAUAAAUCGAUAUAUUACACACUUUAUUAUGUUCACGAUUGUGCUGAAAAAAUAACUGAUAUUGUACAUGCAAUGAUGCCAUUUUUUAGUUCAAAUCCUGGUAGUUAUUACAGCGAUGCACUUUUUUAUUUAUCAUUAGGUUUGCAUCGUAUUGUGGAUCCAAAAAUGUCUCGAGGCAUACUGAUCGAUUGCGAUGUGGUCUUCCGUACUGAUGUCCGAUUUUUAUUUGAAGAAUUUUCAAAAUUUUCUUCCGAUAACUUAUUUGGUUUAGCACCCGAAUUAACACCUGUUUAUCGUCACAUAUUGUACCGUUUUAGAGCAAAUUAUCCUCAAACAAAUUUUGGAAGUCCUUAUUAUUCUAGCGCAUACUUACUACACAAUAAUUUAAUUAAUUCGAAUAGUGUAAAUGGUGGUUUUAAUAGGGAAAGUAUUAGAAUGCUAUCAAAACAUAAACAUAAGCAUAUAAAACAUGGUUAUCCGGGUUUAAAUUCAGGGGUAGUAUUAAUGAAUUUCGAUGGUAUAAGAUCAUCAAAAUUAUAUGCUGAAGCUUUAAAAGAAACUUACGUAACUAAAUUGGCCAAUAAAUAUUUAUUUAAGGGACAUUUAGGCGAUCAAGAUUUCUAUACCUUAUUGGGUUACGAAUUUCCCAGCUUAAUAUAUCGUUUAGACUGUGUAUGGAAUCGUCAACUAUGCACUUGGUGGAAAGAUCAUGGCUAUUCAAAUGUAUUUGAUACAUACUUUCAUUGUGAAGGUAAAAUAAAAAUAUAUCACGGAAAUUGUAACACACGAGUUCCCGAGUAGAUAGAAUUAUAUAAAAAAAUUUCUUUUGUGUGUUCAUUUUAUAUCGAUAAGAUAAAAAAAAAAAAACAAAGUAAUUAAAUAAAAAACAAAAAAAAAAACAAAUAUUAAUUUUCCCAACUUCUACAAAAUAUAAAACACACUCAUACACGUAUCGUAAUUUAUAUACAAAAUAUACUAUGGAAUAGAACUUACAUGUAAAAAAAAUCGUAAAAUUUUAAAAACAAAUCAUUAUGAUAGCUUAAAUUUUUUCUUGAUUUUUGUGCCAUCUUAUUAUUAUAAAAAAGGUUUCUUGCAUGACCUAAUAAUUCUGAAAACUUUCAUUGUUAAAAUAAUUUUAUUUAUAUCUAAGUAUAAUAAUUUGUUAAAAGAAGGCAUCGAAAUUGCUUAGUGCAAUAAAUUAAUUUUAAUAAUUUAUUAAAAAUUAAAUAAAUAUAAAUUGAAGAAAAUGUAAAACAAAAAAAAAAAUUAAAUACAUGUACAUAUAUAUUCGUUUAUUAUACGAAAAAAAAAAAGAAACUUAAAUAUCAGGGGUUAUACCUAGCGGAACUCUAUUUAAUUUACGUAGUUUGAGUCAAUAUAAAAUUAUAAAAACACAAUAUUAUUAUUUAAUUUAAUUGUUAUAUAUAUAUUAAUUUUUAAUUAUUUAUGUGAAAGAAUUAUAUACUAAUGCAAUUUGAAAUUACAUUAAAAUUACAUUCCUGUU